AUGAUAUUUGGCAAUUGCGGUUCGUUAGCAUUUGUAAUAGAUACGAAGGCUAAUUAUAAUGAGGCGUUGACUAAGUUCAAGAAUAUUGUGAACAAAGCUUACAAAGUUAAUACUCACAUAAAGUUCGAAGUGUUUAUACAUAAAGUUGAUGGCGUUAGCGAUGACACGAAAAUGGAAUCGCAGAGAGAUAUAUAUCAACGUGCCUCAGAUGAUUUAGCUGAGGUCGGCUUGACGCGAAUACAUUUAAGUAUCCAUUUAACUUCCAUUUAUGAUCAUUCUAUAUUCGAGGCCUUCUCAAAAGUAGUCCAGAAACUAAUACCCCAGUUAUCAACUUUGGAAAAUCUGCUUAAUAUAUUUAUAUCGCUAAAAUUAGCGAAGAAUGGCAGUGACGUAUCGAAUACUUUAACGACAUCGUAA